CUUUGGUACUUUCAGCUAUGAGAACAAUAUCGAUCACUUCGAUGGCUCCAGUGCUCGAUCUUGGAUGUGCGCCCAACCCGGCUUGCAACAGCAGUCAGCAACACGUGUGUCUGUUCGCUCUCCGCUGUCCAUCGUUUUGAUAGGCCAGCAAUAGUUACCACCUGCGUUUUACGAUGGAUUUUGAAGGCUACAGGAGCGGCACUUUUUUCUCGCAUGUCCACAAAAAGAUGGCCACUUCAAACCGGUAAGAUUCAAGUUGUGGCAAUUUCCUUUUUCUGGCACUUCGCAUGCUUCCGUCGAAAAUCCGCUCGUCUCGCGGCCUGAGCCGUUGUCUCUAUUCCCCACAUCACGUGCAUCCCGUCUCGCAGAAAGGUAUUCUUUGGUUCCCUUGUAUUUCUCCCGCGAGACGAAGUGGCCAAGGUCUUGGAGCCAGUGUUUUUGGCAGCUUUGUGCCGCGUUCCGCGGGGAUUCGGUUUUGCUCUGCCCGGUAUCUGGACUGGUGGCAGUCGCCGACUGCAUCGUCCGCGUCACUCCACGGACGAACGUUUCCGCCGUGCCCGCGCGAGAGCCGGCGCCGUUGCUUCCCAGGUUACCCAAAUUCGUUGUGGCUUUUGCUCUGUCAACCGUUCGUGCGUGGUGUGUGCACGCUUCCGAGUACCAAGACGUUUGCAGCUGGCGGGCUCUCCACAGGGAAAAUGGCGUCAAGCGUGCCUCCACCACCCCUGGGGUCGCGUCCCCUAACUCUUGACGAGCUGUCCGCAUACACUUUCGGAAACUUUGCCUGUGUCGUCGACCCAGCUGUGGUUCCGAAGCUCUCGCGUGAGUUCGGACGCCGUUUUCCCCAAGGGGGAAACACUGAGUGUUUCUCGUCUCUCAAUCUUCCAGCGCUGCCGGAAGGAGCGCCUGUCCUUCAUUCUACUGCGGUACGGGCCACGGCAGUCCUGCGAAUCGUGUCUUUACUGAAUAAUGCGGGGGGUGUGCGCACGGGGAUUCUCACCUCGCUCUGUUCUCUUCUCAACGAGGCCUCUCCUCCGGUGACCAAGCUUCCCCGCCACCCUCUCCCCCUCGCUUCUUCAGUUCCUCUCGCCCCCUUCUCAACGUAUCCGAGCGCUCUUCAGUAUAUGUUGAACGGUGCCGUAGAGCACUUGGCGAAGGCCGACCCUUCUGCUCCGCAAGCGAUUUCUAUAGACGAAGCAGCAGCCUUUUGCGGCGGGUGUAGCGAGGUGGCAGGCCGCCUCUUUGUCGCCUCGCGUCUGCUUUCGGUGCUCGUGACACUGCAAGACUGCAAUGCAGCUCUUCUGACGGAGGCGCUGUUGGUUCCCACAGACUUCUUCAGCCACCAGCAGCGUCGCCUGCCUCCCAUUAAGGGAAUCGAGAAGUCCGCGACGAACAUCGGCAACCUCCUGCACGACAGCAAGCUGCCUGCGAGCAGCCGAAAGAGUGUCGCUGAGGUCAAUGCCACAUGUCCCUCUCUCGCUCUCCUCCUCCCCGCGCUAGGGAAUCUCCGCGAAGCGCUCCAGAGUCUGUCUGUUUACCUCAAUGCCGAGCUGAAGAACGUCGCAGAGCGCCCGGGCUCCGUCACGCCGCUUCCGUCCGAGAGCCUCGAGUCGAUGUGUCCAGAUGCGGGGCUCUCUCGGAUGAUCGACGAAAGAACAGCAGACAUCUGCUCCUCUCCUUCACCAGCUUCGCCAGCGGCUCUGUUCCGCCCCAGUGCCAUGAGCGUCAAGAUGGCGCUGGACUCUUUGCUGCCGUGCCUCGCUGGCAUCCUCCAAACGCUUCUCGCGGCCAGUGCGGAACUCGCUCCGGAUUCUUUGAAAGGUGGCGAGUGGCCAGCGUUGGAAGAGGAAGGCGAGGAAGGCCAAGCGAACGCCUUCAAACCCCCAGAGAAACCCGACUGCAAUGUUUACUUGGGUGUAGGCACCGCCGGAGGGCGCUGCAUGCGUGUGACAGACGUGACGCAGAGAGUUGCACGUUUUUCAGACGGGCUGGCGGCUUCCCGUGAGCAGGCUUCAGCAGACCCCGGCACGGAGCUCGUGUUCCAGAUUGAAGAGCGACUCGUCGCGCUCCAGGAAAUCUCCGCCCUGCAGACAGCGCUGCUGCUCCAGAUCAUUGAGUUUGCAGAUGUCAGGGCCUUCCUGGACGCCGUGGCGAAGGCCGAGAGGCAGCCCAAGGGCAAGAAGAAGAUCGGAAGCAGGUAUGGGAUGAGUCACGGGACCCGCCGUUACCAGCAAUAUCUCACUGCGCUCGUCCGAGAGACGCUGUCGAAAGGAGGCCUCACCUCGGGGACGUGCGGCCAACCUCAGUGUGCAGUUCACUCUGAACACGGGCCGAGCGACGGAGACGUUUGCUUGGCUGCGCUGCGUGCGCUGCUUCUCGCUGGCGGGCCUGAGGAGGCUGGCGCGGCGGCUGCGCUGAGUGCGGGAGCCCCUGCCUCUGUGCCUGCUUUUUGCGACCAAGAGGGACACCUGGAGGUUCUCCUCACCCCGAUCAACCAGGUGCGGCGUGUGCCUAAGGCAGCGAAGGGAACGCAGGACUUCGGACCUGCUCAGAUGGCGGUUCGCGAACUCGUGCUCGGAUCCGUCCGAGAGGUCUUUCGGCGCCACGGCGGCGUCGAGAUCGACACACCCGUGUUUGAGCUGAGAGAGACGCUGCUGGGGAAGUACGGCGAAAACCAGAAGUUGGUGUAUGACCUGAAGGACCAAGGCGGUGAGCAGCUGUCUCUGCGCUACGACUUGACGGUCCCGUUUGCGCGUUAUGUCGCGAGCCACGACAUCGAAAAGAUUCGGCGCUUCCAUAUUGGCAAAGUGUAUCGGCGAGAUGAGCCUCAAAUGAACAGAGGCCGCUUCCGCGAAUUCUACCAGUGCGACUUCGACAUCGCGGGUGUCUCCCCAGUCAAGAUGGUUCCGGACGCCGAGGCGGUGUGCAUUAUGGUCGAGGCGUUGAGAACUCUUCAGGGAAUGGUUGGCAAGUUCCACGUGAAGACCAACCACCGCGUGCUUCUUGAUGGCAUGAUGGAAGUGUGCGGACUCCCCGCCGACAAAUUCACAACUGCAUGCUCGUCGAUUGACAAGCUGGACAAAGAACCUUGGGCCGCCGUCAGACGGGAGCUCGUGGACACGAAGGGCGUCGCUGCCGACGUCGCCGACCGGUUGGGGGAACUCGUGCAGAUGCGGGGAACCUUUUCCCAGAUCAUCGCCGACUUGAGCAAGAAGCCGGACUUUGCGAGCAACGAAAAGGUGGCCCUCGCUCUCCAGGAAAUGGAGAUCUUCUCCCAGUACAUCGAAGCCAUGGGUGUUCAGACCGAUGAGGCCAUCUUCGACCUCUCCCUGGCCAGGGGUCUCGACUACUACAGCGGCGUAAUCUUUGAAGCCGUUCUCGUAGGCACCGACGGCGCGGCAGUCGGGUCUGUAGGCGGAGGUGGAAGAUACGAUAAACUGGUUGGCAUGUUCAGCGGCCGCGAUGUCCCUGCGGUGGGGAUGAGUGUCGGCGUCGAGAGGCUGUUCCGCAUGGUAGAGAAGAGCCUCGGCAUGGCUGCCGCUCCAACGGCCGAGGAAGACGAACAUGCCGGAGACAAGAAAAAGAAGAAAAAGGAAAAAGCAACUCAGGAGGUUCCCAGUCUUGUACGCGAGAGCUUCACCGACGUCCUCGUCUGCUCCGUCGGUGACAACAUGCUCAAAGCAUGCAUGAGCGUUGCAGGUUCCCUCUGGAGGAAUGGAAUCGCAGCGGAGUUUUUCUACGGUGCCGGGGCAAAGCUGAAAAAGCAGAUGGACAUGGCUUGCCAGAGGCGAAUUCCUCUGCUGGUUAUUCUCGGGGAAGAAGAACUGAAGAGGAACACGGCGAAAGUCCGGCAGCUGUGGUAUGACGACGACGUGAAGCGCCCCGACACAAAUGGGGAAGGCAGCGCAGGCGAAAAAGAGGAAGAAGUAUCUUUGGAUCAGCUGCCUCAGGUCAUAAAGGCCUACUUUUGCCAACACGGCACAACGCUCGAGCGCAUGAAAAGGCGCGUCUUUGACACUGCCGCAGUGGUCAACGCUGAUGGGGCGUAAAUCCACAGAUCUACGGAUGUGGAGUUUUGGGGGCAAAUUACCCCAGUGGCCAACGUUUUGCUUCUGUCUACACCCACGGAUCGAAGACUGUCUCUCUAUGCUCUGGCACCUAAAUGGCAUUUGCCUUGUGAAGCAUGAAGUGUCGUUUGAAUGAGAAAGGAGUGGACGGAGGAAAUGUUCGUUGUCCGGCGUCAUUCUCAUCCCAGCACUAAAACUGGUGGAUUAAAGAGAAUGUGUUUUCGGUGACGGAUGCUGCCGCAUUGGACAGAUCGACGCAGACUUUAUACCUUGCAG